AUGGCUCACGCCGUGACCUUUCAUCCUGUGCGUAAUUUUACAAAGCGCAGGCAGCGGCCGCUGACCGGCGAGGGGGAGCUGGCAGUCCGCUUGCAGACCUGGCUGGGACAAGAGCUAGAGAAGUGUGGCAUUGAUGCCAUGAUUUAUACUCGGUAUGUCCUCAGUCUUCUGCUGCAUGAUAGCUAUGACUACGACCUGCAGGAACAGGAGAAUGACAUCUUCCUGGGCUGGGAAAAGGGAGCUUACAAGAAAUGGGGAAAGAGUAAGAAAAAGUGCUCUGAUCUAACACUAGAGGAAAUGAAAAAACAGGCUGCUGUCCAGUGUCUUCGCUCUGCCUCUGAUGAAAGCUCUGGAAUUGAAACGCUAGUGGAGGAGCUUUGCUCCAAACUGAAAGACCUUCAGAGUAAGCAAGAGGAGAAGAUUCACAAAAAGUUAGAAGGCUCUUUGUCUCCUGAGACUGAUUUAUCUCCCACAGCAAAGGAUCAAGUAGAAAUGUACUAUGAAGCAUUUCCUCCUCUUUCUGAAAAGCCAGUUUGCCUGCAGGAAAUUAUGACUGUAUGGAAUAAAUCCAAAGUAUGCUCUUACUCUAGCUCCUCAUCUUCAUCUACUGUUCCACCAACUAGCACGGACACAUCUUCUCCAAAGGACUGCAAUAGUGAAAGCGAAGUAACUAAAGAUAGAAGUAAUAAAGUAUCUGCCACUGUACAGGAGAGAACCCAGCAGAAGAAAAGUAAAAAUGAGAAAGAAAACAAGUUUAGUAACAACACUGUGGAAGAGAAGCCUGUUUUGUACAAGAAGCAAGUCAGACACAAGUCUGAGGGAAAGAUGCGUCCUCGCUCCUGGUCAUCUGGGUCCAGUGAGGCUGGCUCAAGUUCUAGUGGUAAUCAAGGUGAAUACAAGGCAUCAGUGAAAUGCAUUAAAGUAAGACACAAAACAAGAGAGGUUCGAAAUAAAAAAGGGCGUAAUGGGCAAAGCAGGCUUGCAGUGAAAUCGGGUGAAAAGGCUGAUCGAAAAGUCCACAGCGGAAGCAGCAGCAGCAGCAGUAGCAGCGGGUCCAUCAAACAGCUGUGCAAAAGAGGUAAAAGGCCAUUAAAAGAAAUUGGAAGAAAAGAAGCUGGUGGUAGUGAUGGGAAAGAUUUGUAUUUAGACAGCAGAAAUGAAAAGGAAUAUAAAGAAGAACCCUUGUGGUACACUGAGCCGAUUACAGAGUACUUUGUUCCUCUUAGCAGAAAAAGCAAGCUGGAGACUACGUACCGCAACAGAGAAGAUCUACGUGGAGUAACAUCAGAGGCUGUAGAAGAGUUGUCUGAAUCAGUGCAUGGUCUUUGUAUAAGCAACAAUAAUAUUCAUAAAACAUACCUCGCAGCAGGUACUUUCAUCGAUGGUCACUUUGUAGAAAUGCCUGCAGUUCUAAAUGAGGAUAUUGACCUCGCUGGGACCUCAAUAUGUUCUCAACAAGAGGACGACAAAUAUUUAGAUGAUGUUCAUCUAUCAGAACUAACGCACUUCUAUGAAGUGGAUAUUGAUCAAUCCAUGUUGGAUCCUGGUGCCUCAGAUACGAUGCAAGGGGAGAGUCGGAUUUUAAAUAUGAUUCGACAAAAGAGUAAAGAAAAAGCUGAUUUUGAGGCAGAAUGUUGCAUAGUGUUAGAUGGAAUGGAGUUGCAAGGGGAAAGUGCAAUAUGGACAGAUUCGACCAGCUCUGUUGGUGCUGAAGGGUGGUUCUUGCAAGACCUUAGUAAUUUAGCUCAAUUUUGGGAGUGCUGCUCAUCUUCUAGUUCCGGUGAUGCAGAUGGUGAAAGUUUUGGAGGAGAUUCUCCGAUCAGAUUCUCUCCCAUCUUAGACAGCACAAUGCUUAAUUCACACAUGCUUGCUGGCAAUCAAGAGCUCUUUUCAGAUAUUAAUGAAGGGUCUGGUAUAAACUCUUGUUUUUCAGUGUUUGAAGUGCAAUGCAGCAACUCUGUUUUACCAUUUUCUUUUGAAACACUCAACUUGGGAAGUGAAAAUGCAGAUUCUAGUAGCACUGCUAAUAUUCUUGGGAAAACACAGUCUAGAUUGCUAAUAUGGACCAAAAAUAGUGCCUUUGAUGAAAAUGAACACUGUUCCAAUCUUUCAACGAGAACCUGUAGUCCAUGGUCACACUCGGAAGAAACACGUUCUGACAAUGAGACUUUAAAUAUUCCGUAUGAAGAAUCGACGCAGUUUAAUGCAGAAGAUAUUAAUUAUGUAGUUCCUAGAGUGUCUUCGAGUUACGUAGAUGAAGAAAUUCUAGAUUUUUUGCCAGAAGAAACCUGCCAGCAACAAGGUAGAACUUUAGGAGAAAUGCCCACUUUGGUAUAUAAAACAAAAUCUAAGCUAGAAUCUGUCUGUGGUAUUCAGCUAGAACAAAAAGCAGAAAGUAAAGACUAUGAAACUACACAAGGGUGUAGUGAAGGCAGUCCACGUGGAGAUGGCUACAGCUCAGGGGUUAUUAAAGAUAUUUGGACAAAUAUGACAGACAGAAAUUCGGCAGCGAUGGUAGAAAUAGAAGGAAUAGAAGAUGAAUUGUUUUCAACUGAUGUAAAUAACUAUUGCUGCUGUUUGGAUACAGAAGCAAAAGUUGAAACCCUCCAGGAGCCCAAUAAAGCAGUGCAGAGAUCAGAGUAUCACCUUUGGGAAGGUCAAAAGGAGAAUUUAGAGAAGAGAGCCUUUGUCUCAAACGAUUUAUCAAAAGUAGAUGGUGGUGACUAUACUACACCAUCAAAACCUUGGGAUGCUAACCAGGAGAAGGAAAGUUCAUUUAUACUUGGUGGAGUGUAUGGGGAGCUCAAAACAUUUAACAGUGAUGGAGAAUGGGCAGUGGUGCCACCUAGUCACUCAAAAGGGAGCUUAUUGCAGUGUGCAGCUUCUGAUGUAGUGACAAUAGCUGGUACGGAUGUUUUUAUGACUCCAGGUAAUAGCUUUGCUCCUGGUCACAGGCAAUUAUGGAGGCCAUUUGUAUCAUUUGAACAGAAUGAGCAAUCAAAGAGUGGAGAUAACGGAUUAAAUAAGGGGUUUUCUUUUAUCUUCCAUGAAGACUUACUGGGAGCUUGUGGUAACUUUCAAGUUGAAGAACCAGGGCUUGAGUAUUCAUUCUCUUCCUUUGACCUGAACAAUCCAUUUUCGCAAGUUCUUCAUGUAGAGUGUUCGUUUGAGCCAGAAGGAAUUGCAUCUUUCAGCCCUAGUUUUAAACCUAAGUCAAUCCUGUGCUCUGAUUCAGACAGUGAGGUUUUACACCCCAGGAUAUGCGGUGUUGAUCGAACGCAGUACAGGGCUAUACGCAUUUCUCCAAGGACUCACUUUCGCCCAAUUUCUGCAUCUGAACUUUCUCCAGGUGGUGGAAGUGAGUCAGAAUUUGAGUCAGAAAAAGAUGAGGGAGGUAUUGCUGUCCCUUCUCAAGUAGAUGUUUUUGAGGAUCCACAAGCAGAUCUCAAACCUCUGGAAGAAGAUGCAGAAAAAGAAGGGCAUUAUUAUGGAAAAUCAGAGCUUGAAUCUGGAAAAUUCCUUCCCAGAUUAAAAAAGUCUGGAAUGGAGAAGAGUGCACAAACAUCAUUGGAUUCCCAAGAAGAGUCAGCUGGGAUGUUGCCAGUAGGAAACCAAGAUCCCUGUUUAGAAUGCAGCAUGAAAGAAUCUGUAGAUGGGAGGGCGAUGGAGAGCUCUAAAGUAAACUGCAGAAUAGUGGAGCCACGUGAGGAGACUGGCAGGUUUUGCAGUUGUAAAGCAGGGUGCCAUUUCCCCACGUACGAGGAUAAUCCUGUUCCUUCAGGAGAGCUUGAAGAGAGAAUGAGUGGCAGCCAGGAAAAGCAGUGCUGGUGGGAAAAGGCGCUCUAUUCUCCCCUUUUUCCUGCGUCACAGUGUGAAGAGUGUUAUACAAAUGCCAAGGGAGAGAAUGGUGUAGGAGAAUUUGCAGAUGUAAAGGAAAUAUCCAAUGAUGAUGAACAUCUUUUAGAUUUUAAUAUGUCCUUUCUACAUAGUCAGGAAGGAGGAGGACUUGCCCUGUAAUUGUGACAUCUCUCCUGAACAACUACAAAACUAACUAACCUCCCAGCCCAGAAAAAAGCAAGCAUGUUCUUUAUUGUUCCCCAUCAACACUGUCAGUUUAAAUCCUUAGGUUUCUUCUGUUUAUGAAGCAAGAUGUGCAGAUGAUAUAAAUGCUGAGGCAAAACCAAAUGGCUUCAGGAAGAAGAUCUACUCCAGUGAUAGCUCCAGCUCUGAAGACACAGCUUCAGAAGGUGGAAGUGAAUGGGCUGAUCCGUGUGAGGAGGAGCUUUUUUCUCGAACUCAACUAUAGAAACUGCAGAGUAGAACAGAUGAUUUUAAAAAGUAACAUGAGAUGGAAAACUAUCCUUCUUUGAGGGUCUGUAGCUCUAAAACAACAACUUGAGUUUCCUCUUCAGUUAAUGGAUUCAGAUGUGUAUUUAUCUUUCUCUUCUUGCUUAUUUUGUAGAUGAGGACACAGCUGUGUCCUGUUGAAAUUCUCCCCCUCCCCCCAAAAAAAAACCCUGUUAAAUUCUUGGCUCUUUGAACUAGACUAGAUUGUGUUGUCAAAUCAAGAAUGGAUGUGCAUGUGCUUGUCUUAGUAGUACCACUGCUUUUUUGCAUCUUAAUUGCAGUUAUUUUCAUUCGUAACUGUAGCCCUACCACUAUGACUAUCUUCUUAGCAUUGCAGUGUCUACAACUACUUCUGCUAUUCAGAGACUUCAGCUUUCUGCACAUUAGGCUUUGUUCUUUAAGAACUGGGAGAUAAAUACUUAACACUGUAAUCUAUCAGUGCCUUUCUGAAUGCAGGAGAAAAGCAUGAGUGACUUGUCCAGUCUUCAUUCAGUAAAUCUCAUAACUUUGAAGUAGGAACAACAGGGUUGUGCUUUAGAGACUUACAGAAACUGUGUUUUCUAUCCUAUGAUCCCCCCACUCCCACAAACCAACACUGAGGAUACCAUGGUUUGUAUUUUUGCUAACUGGAGAAGCCAAGGAUUUUUUGUAGGUAUGGAGGCAAUGUGGGGUUGUUUUG